UUAAUACACAAAUGUUUAUUUUUUUUAUUUACCUACUAUUUUAAAUUAAUGUUUACCAUUAUUUAGUAAAAUAUAUAAUUUUAAAGUAAUUUUUUAAAUUUAAACGGGUUUUUACUUGCUAUACACUACCAUCAUGGCUAAGGAAGUGACUAUGUGCACGCAACUGCAGCAAUGGAGCCCGGUGAAGGAGACGGCCGGGACGCCGCCGCCGCCGCCGCAGACCGGGUACUGCUACCACACGCCCCGGAAGCACCCCUGGAGACCCAUCAUGGGCUACGAGGAGAUUGAAGUCACACCCAUGCCGUCGCAGCCCAUCACCAACUCGCUAGUAGACCCGUGCUACGCGGCGUCGGGCGCCGGCGCGGAGCCGCUGCGCUUCCCCAACCUGGUGACGGGGUUCGACCGCAGCCCCGCGCACGCCGCGCGCGCCGCCCUCUACACGCGCUACACGCCACACGAGUGGGCGCAGCACAGCGUGCGCAACUACAACGACUCGGACGCUAAGAGGAAUUACAGCGAGCGCGUGCGCAGCGAUAUCUUGAGAAUGUUGCGUGAGACGGACGAGGUGGGCACGGCGGGGCAGCGCGACGCGGGCCGCCGCCUCGGCGAGCGCAUCACCGACACCACCUUCUGGAGAAACGAGGUGACACUGGAGCUGGAGCGGCUGGUGGGCGUGUGCGAGCGGCUGGGGGACGCACGGCGGCGGCUGGAGCGCGCGCUGGCCGGCGCCGAGGGGCCGUUGCACGUGGCGCAGGAGUGCCUCUACCACCGCGAGAAGAGACAAGGCGUGGAGCUGGUGCACGACGCGGUGGAACAGGCACUGCUCCGCGAGGUGGCGCUGCUGCGCGCGGCACAGGACCAGUUCCGGGACAUGCUCGACAAGGUGCGCGCGCAGGCCGGGCGCUGCCGCGCGGCGCAGCACGAGCUCGAGGCGGACGCGCGCGGCAAGGAGGCGGCGCUCGGCAUCGACGCCAUGUGCCACCAGCUGAACAACCACAGCCGCGGCCUGCAGUACUACGCGGGCAUCGAGCGCUACGACCCCAGCACGGGCGACACGGCCUCCUGGGCCGCCGCCGCCGCCGCCGCCGUGCAGCGCGCGCAGGCCGAGCGGGCGCGCUCCGUGCAGCUGCUGUCCGACGCCGAGAACCUGAUCAACGUGCAGGCGGCGGAGAUCUGGGAGCAGUGGAGCAGCACCAACAGCGCCCUCACGCGCCGCGUGGCCGAGACCAGCGAGCUCAAGAACAAGCUGCAGCUGCACCUGCACAAGACGCAGCAAGAGAUGUUCGAGGUGGAAAAGACGCUGGAGCUGCUGCACAAGGCGGUGGAGGACAAGCUGCAGCCGCUGAAGGUGGCGCACACGCGGCUACAGGCGCGCACCAACCGCCCGCCCGCCGAGCUGUGCCGCGACGACGCGCACCGCAGACUGGUGCAGGAGGUGUGCGAGCUGCAGGCGUGCAUGGAGACGCUGCGCAGCCGCACGGCGGCGGCCGAGGGCUCGCACCAGGCGCUGCUGGGCACGCGCGCGGCGCUGGAGGCGGACCUGCGCCACAAGACGGCCGCGCUGUUCAUCGACCGCGACCAGUGCCUGGGCCUCCGCCGCGGCUACCCCGUCACCGCCGCCAUCAAGUCAUAGACCCACCACACUUUCGCCGCUGUUGUAUGCCGCCAGUGACAUGUUUAAUACUGUGCAAAAUAUAGCAUAACUUGAGUCCUAUGACGUUUGAUUGACAGAUCCUUAUGACUGGUAAAUAAAGUUGGUUUUCUCUGGAUUUCGAACAAAUAAAAUGAUUUGACAGAUGUCAUAGGGCUCAUGGUAUAUUUUACAAAGUACCUAUAGCUAGGAUUAGGAGCAUAAUGUGGCCUAGCCAGAGUUAUGUCAACCGCGACUUAGCAUAUAGAUUUUGAUGUCACUCGCCCAUAAUACGGCAUUAAUGGUGUAUAAACAAUAUCGAUACUGACAGAAUUAAUUACCUAUUACCGUUUUUUGUUUACAAUAUACCUGUUGAAUUAA